AUGGUCUACCCCGCCGUCCUCUCGUCGACCUUUUACGACUGCGGCACGGCCGUCACCAUGGCCACCGAGACCAUCUGGACCACGACCUGGACCACCAACUUGCUCGCCGCCAACCCCCAGUCGACCUGGGACGCCUGCUACACCGUGACCGAGACCAUCACCGGCAACCCCGCAGACUACACCCGCCCCGCCCUGCCCCCCUUCUUCGUCGAGACCAAGGUCGCCUGCGGCGUCUGCGAGGGCGGCGAGAUUGUCAUCACAGCGCCCGUCGCCGGCUUUACGCCCACCGUCCACAUUGAGGGCAACGGCGUCUUUGCCGACGGCGCCGUGCCCGGCCAGGUUGCUCCCGCGCACGCCCUGCCCACGUACGGACCUGAGUACCCGGCCGAGCCCCUUUCUCUCGAGGGCGAGGUGCCCGCCGGUGCUGCUCUUGCUCCUGAAGCAGCAAUUCCCGCUGGUGCCCCUGCUCCUGAAGGCGAAAUCCCCGCUGGUGCCCCUGCUCCUGAAGGCGAGAUCCCCGCUGGUGCUGCCCCUGCCCCCGAAGGAGCCAUUCCCGCUGUUGCCCCUGCUCCCGAAGGAGCCGUUCCCGCCGGUGCCCCUGCUCCCGAAGGAGCCGUUCCCGCCGGUGCUGCCCCUGCUCCCGAGGGUGAGAUCCCAGCGGCCGCGCCCCCCGCCCCUGAAGUCGCCAGCAAUGUCGGCCAGGGCGUUCCCGAGCCGGAGGGCGACUUGGCCAUCACCGGCGAGCCCGCGCCAGAGAACGACAUCACCGUCGGUCAAGGUGUCCCCGCCGAAGAGGAGAGCGACGUCACCACGGUCGCCGGUGUCCCUGCGGACUCGGCCGACAUUGGCACCCCUGCCGCGCCACCUGCCGAGAGCGAUGUCAUUGACGGCUUCGUCCAGGCUUCGGCGCCGGCUGUGCGGAGCAGUUUCGGCGUGCUCGCCUUCAGCGCCUUCGUCGGCAUGAUGAUCUGCAUGUAA